UCACGUCAGCUCCCUGGAGAUCGAGGAGUGAGUGAGUGAGUGCGCAGGAUGCUGAGCCGAACAGCUGAUUCUGUGCAUUUAACCAGUAUGGACAGCUCCAUUCCGCUAACCUAGCAUCUAUUGCAGUAUAUAAAGGGCACCAUUUUCACUAAACGCUGCAAAGGAAAACGCACCAGCUUCACAAUGGAGCGUCUUCUGCAUUCACCUGGCCGGACACGGGAAGAGUACCGGUACCAAACGGCGCGACCUUCAUCACAACUCACCUCAAGGUCUGCCUUCAGCUUUGGCUCCACCGCACCGCUGAGAGGUAACGAAAUCCUUAGCGAAUUCGCCGCUAAACCGGCCGAUAGCUUGGAUUUUUCGAACAAAUAUGCAGGUGGAAUGAAUCCGAGGAAAAUUAGUGAGAAAGAAUUACUGCAGGGGCUCAAUGACCGCUUCGCGGGAUUCAUCGAGAAAGUUCAUCACCUGGAAAACCAAAACAGAGCGGUAGAGAAAGAAAUUGAGGCCAUUAGACUGAGAGCAAAAUCCUCUGCCUCGCUGUCCAAAGAGUAUGAAUCAGAACUUGGUAGUCUGAGGCAGCAAGUUCAUGAGAUAGGCCAUCAAAAGCAUCAAAUUGAGAUAAACCGCCAGAACCUGGAGGAUGAGUUUAACACUUUGAGAGAAAAGUAUGAGAGAGAGGCUCAUGGUCGAGGUGAUGUGGAGGACAGCAUUUCAGUACUAAAGAAAUGCAUUAAUGACGCAUACCUAACCAAACAAGAAAUGGACAGAAAAGCUAAAGCUCUUGAAGAGGAGAUCGGCUUCUUGAAGAAAAAUCAUGAAAGUGAGGUAGCUGAAAUGAUGGCCCAAAUCCAAGAGGGUCAUGUGACAGCAGAAAUGAGUGAUUUUAGUAGAAGGGAUGUCACUGCAGCUCUGAGAGACAUCAGGAUGCAACUUGAAGGUCACACUGACUCUGACAUCCGAGAUGCUGAGGAACGCUUUCGAGCGCAGCUCGCUAAACUGACCAAAGCUGCUGAGGUCAACAGAGAAGCGCUCAUGGCCACUAAAGCAGAGAUUAAUGAACACAGGAGACAGCUCCAGUCAAGGAACAUUGAGCUCGACUCUGUGAAAGGUGUGAGAGAAGCGCUGGAGAAGCAGCUGUAUGACCUCGAACAACGGCACAAUGCUGAAAUCCAUCACUACCAGGACACAAUCAGAGAGUUGGAAUUUGAGCUGAAAAAUGCUAAAUAUGACAUGAGCAGUCAUCUGAGGGAGUACCAGGACCUUCUCAAUGUCAAAAUGGCACUGGAUGCUGAAAUUUAUUCCUACAGAAAACUUUUGGAGGGUGAAGAGUCAAGGUACUCUACAAUCUCAGAUGCUCAUAUUUCAGUACCACACAUUUACAGACAGUCACCCAUCUAUACUCUCCAGGCGGGAGCAACUCGAAAAGCAGAGCCUCAGUACAAAUUUGUCGAAGAGAUUAUUACAGAGACCACCAGAGAAGAUGUGGAGAUAUCAGACACUGGCUCGGUUAAGAGUGGGGAGGGGAGAGAGGGUGACAGACCAGAUGAGGAGAGCAGUGAGAAGGAUGCACAGGGUGAAACUCCACAAGAGGCGGAAGAUACUGAAGAACCAGCCAUGGAGAACGGCAAUGAAGCCAGUCCUGAGUUAGAAACAGAGGAAAAUGAAGUCAAACCAAGUGAUGAUAAAGAGGACGAGCCAGCUGAAAAAACUCCAGAUGAUUCUGAGGUACAAAAAGAUGCUGACUCUAAACCAACUCAGGAAUCUACAGAAGCCACUGAUGAACAAGAUAACGAUGAGGAAUUAGACACAAAAGGCACGGAGCACAAAUACCUGAAGGAUGACGUGCAGGGAAAAGUAGAAGAACCUGGAGAGGAAAAUAAACAAGCUAAAGAGACAGAGAAAGAUGUCCCCAAACCAGAUCUGUCAGAAAAGCAAGAAAUGCCAGAGGAAUCAAAAACUGGAGAAAAAGACAAACCAUCUCAGGAACCGCAAGAUCCUGAAGCAACAACUGAAGUAAAACCUAAGCCUGGUGGAGAGACUGUUGGGGUAACUUCUCCAAAAACUGAAGAUGCUAAAAUCUCAUCUCAAGAAUCUACAACUGCAAAAUCAGCAGAGAAAGAGAAAGAAUCAGCUCCAGUGAAACCUGUAGAGGAAGAUACUCCCAAACCAGAUAAACAAGCAACUCCCGAACAUGCCGAGAGUGGAAAACAGACUACUGGAGAGGACGCAAAGGAGGAUACUUCUGCAAAAAAAGACAAAUCUGACAGUAUGAAGGAAGAAACUAAGAAAGCCUAUGGGCCUAUGGAAAAAGACCAAGAGGAUAACAACAAACUAACAGAGAAACCUGUGGGGAAACAACAAGAGUAUAUGUCAGGUAAAGACGAAAAGGAACACAAACCUGAGGAGUCUGUAGAAGAUAGUAAAGCUGAACUGGUAGACAAUGUGAAAACAGGAAAAGGUGAAAAUAUUAAGGCUGAAGAACCAGAAAAGACACAAAAAAAGGUUUCAAAGGAUGCAGAAGAACAAUCACAACCUGAAAAGUCAAAGAAACAGGAGGACAGCAAAAGCAGUAGCAGUCUAGAAAGUGUGACAAUUGAAAAGGGUGAAACUGGCGAGCUAAAAGAAACCGAAAAGACACAAGAAGACCUUUCCAAAGUUGCUGAAGAAAAAUCACGACCUCAAAAGUCACAAAUACAAGAGGAUAGCAAAAGUGCAGACAGCAUCAAAACAGAAAAGACUGAACAUGCUAAGCCUAAAGAAGCAGAAAAGACACAAGAACUUUCCAAAGUAGAAAAAUCACAACCUGAAAAGUCACAGAUACAAGAAGACCGCAAAAGUGACAGUGUAAAAAGUGUCAAAACAGAAAAUGUUGAACGUGCUAAGCCUAAAGAAGCAGAAAAGACACAAGAAGAACCUUCCAAAGUUGUGGAAGAAAAAUCACUACCUGAAAAGUCACAGAUAACGGACGACCAAAAAAGUGACAGUGUAGACAGUGUAAAAACAGAAAAGGCUGAACAUGCUAAGCCUAAAGAAGCAGAAAAGACACAAGAAGAACCUUCAAAAGUUGCAGAAGAAAAAUCACCUGAAAAGUCACAGAUACAGGAAGCCCGCAAAAGUGACAGCGUAGACAGUAUCAAAACAGAAAAGGGUGAACAUGCUAAGCCUAGAGAAACAGAAAAGACACAGGAGGACCUCUCCAAAGUUGAGGAAGAAAAAUCACCUGAGAAGUUAAAGAAACAGGAGGACAGCAAAAGUGAUAGCAGUGCUGAAAGUGUGACAACAAGUGGAGGGGAAGCUGAAGCCACAGAGAAACAGUUUGAUGAAACACUGAGUAAUCAACCCCCCAAAGCCCAGGAAACAACAUCUGAUGCAAAGCCUGAGCAAAAGGACACUAAAGAAAGCAAAGAGAUGCCAGAAAAAGCUGAAGAGGUGGAUAGAGUGAUGACCAAAGGCAGUGGAACCAGCAAAGAUGUUAUAAGUGAAGAAACUGUCCAAAAAGACAAAGAAUCAGACAGUGGUGCACAUAAAGUGAAGGCUGCAAAAUCUGAGACGUCAACCAAAACAGAAGCUAAAGCUCUGGAGAAGACAGAGCAAGUCAAAGACAGCAGCAUGGAGGACAACGUGGACACCAAAGGUCCAGAAGAAACAACUAAACCCUCUAGUGUAAAGUAGAAUAUAAACAGCAGAAAAAAAAAGAAAAAAAAAUUAAAAUGCCUUUGAGAAUAGAGAAUGUUCAAAUAGCAACCUUGACAAAUAAAUUACAUCUGCGUGACAGACCAUCUCAGUUGAGCAUGACUUUUAGAAACUGCUUUCUGGAAGUGUGAUGUUACUGAUGCAAGAUGCAUGCUUACACUGUGUACAUAAUGAUUGUGAAUUAUGAGGAAUGUAUAACAUUUUAUUUUGCUACAUCCCUUGCUCUGAUCAGUCAAAUGUAUGUAUUAAAACAGUGCUAUACAUUACAGUAACUGAAUAAAUAUUCCAGCAUAUCAGUGUUUGUCCGUAUGCUAAUUCAAGAGCUUUUCCUGCAAAGCAGUAAUUGCAUAAGCUUAAACAAUAUGGCAGUGACUCAUCUAUAAAUGAUUACAAGGUAUUUAUUGUGUUUCCUAGGAACUCACUUAAAUAUUCUGUACCCA